AUGACCCUAGAGCUACCGGACCAAAUAAACGGAUUCAUUCCGAUUCCGCUUCUGGUGAGAGAAAGCACCAGUGAUACUGAGCCUGUAUAUCAUAUUCUAUACGCCAAGAAGCAUCAAACUCAUAAGACUGGAUCCACUGAUAAUACCACUGAUAGAACCAUAUUCAUUACAAACCUUCCCGUGGAUGCGUCACAUUCAUCAAUAAAGUCACUGUGUCAUUUUCUAGGGAACACUAUUUUAGAAAGCUUUAUUCCAGAGAAGAACUACAAUAGAGGACUGGUAGUACUCGUAGAUAAGGCGUCGUGCUCGAGAUUUCUCACCAAAGCAAAACAACAGAACCCCGUGCCAUGGUCACCUCAGGAACCAACUGGCUCAGAAGCAUACUAUCUGAAAAACCGCAUUAAAUAUCCCGACGAAGGAGAGCUCCAACAUGAGGUAGACACAUACAUGGAAGAGUUUGCCCAGGCAGAGGAGACCAAACGGCAACAAGUCGUUGAUAAGCUUAACUUGGUCGAUGAAGACGGAUUCACAAUGGUGGUUGGAAGUAAGCGCAAGUCGCUUGCUGGAAUUGCCACGGCCCAGAAAGCCACCGAGCAGUUCGUGGCCGAACAGUCUGCCAAGAAAAAGCGCAAGAAGGAAAAGGCCGACUUCUACCGAUUCCAAAUCCGAGAACAGAAGAAGACCGAGAUGAAUGAUCUCCUACGCCGAUUCCAGCAGGAUAAGCUCAAGGUCAAAGAACUCAAAGAGCGCAAGCGCUUCAAGCCAUACUAA